AGAUGCUUCGCUCCGCUUGUGAACACCAGGCCACCACAAACCCAAAAAAAAAAAAAAAAAACCUUCCGUCGGAUCGUCUCCUUCAUCACCGCCGAACCGGAGGAGAUCUGCAUCUGAAGCUCCAUCCGCCAUGGAUUUCAUGAAGGUCUUCGAUCAGACGGUUCGAGAAAUAAAGAGGGAGGUGAAUCUGAAGGUCUUGAAGGUCCCCGAGAUCGAACAGAAGGUACUGGAUGCUACGGACAACGAACCCUGGGGUCCUCAUGGUUCUGCAUUGGCAGAGAUUGCACAAGCCACUAAGAAAUUCACGGAAUGUCAAAUGGUCAUGAAUGUCCUUUGGACGAGAUUGGGCGAGACUGGAAAGGAUUGGCGUUAUGUAUACAAGGCACUGGCUGUUAUAGAGUAUUUGGUGGCACAUGGUUCAGAACGUGCGGUUGACGACAUUAUUGAACAUACCUUCCAAAUCUCGUCUCUCUCAAGUUUUGAAUAUGUUGAGCCAAGUGGGAAGGAUAUGGGCAUAAAUGUGAGGAAGAAGGCUGAAAACAUUGUUGCUCUUCUCAACAAUAAAGAUAAAAUACAGGAAGUAAGAAAUAAAGCUGAAGCAAACCGGGACAAGUACUUUGGACUCUCGUCUACUGGAAUCUCACGCAAAUAUGGCGGUGCUGCGUUUGGUAGCAGUAGCUUUGACACUGGUGAUCGUUACAAAGGUGCAAGUAGUACCCGAGAAGGUGACCGGUUUAGCGACAGUUAUAAAGAUGAUCAUAGAGAGGAAAAGGAUUCUUACAGAAAGGCAGAUCAAGGGGGGAAAACUGAGAAGAAAGGGAGUGAGUCGAAGAUGGGGUCUGCUCGCUCUAGCAGCAAAGAUGCUAAGGCAUCUAUUGCAUCAAAAUCACCAACUCCCUCGCAAAGUACAAAGGCCCCACCAAUCAAUGAUGAUGAUGAUGAUUUUGAUGAUUUUGAUCCUCGAGGGACCUCCACAUCUAAGUCCAGUGCUGGAAAUGCAAACCAAGUGGAUCUUUUUGGGCAGGACUUGAUUGGAGAUCUGUUGGAUGCUCCAAUAUCUGUUCCGACUGAUGCUCCUUCCUUGAAUGAAAAUUCAUCUGAGGUUGACCUUUUCGCUGAUGCAAGUUUUGUUUCGGCACCUCCUUCAGUAGAAUCAUCUGAGAAGAAGACUGAGGUGGAUCUAUUUGCUUCUGCACCUGCUGUCUCUUCUGCAGUUUCUGCACCAGUUGACCUCUUUGCUGCGCCAGCUCCGGUUACUCAACCUGAAACCAAGCCCAUACAAUCUGUUCCCACUAACCCUAUAGUGGAUCCAUUUGCUGCUGUUCCACUGAACAAUUUUGACAGCUCCGAUCCUUUUGGCUCAUUCACUUUCAGUUCUGAUUCAACAUCAGCAGGACCUUCCCAAAACCCCGUCGAUGAUUCCAACAUGAGUGACUCAAGUAAGAAGGCUUCAGCUAUCUCGAAUCCACAACCAAAGAAGGACGCAUUCCAUGUCAAGUCUGGAAUUUGGGCAGAUUCCCUCAGCCGUGGACUGAUUGAUCUUAAUAUAUCUGCUCCCAAGAAGGUUUCACUUGCAGAUGUGGGUGUAGUUGGUGGGCUAAGUGAUGGUUCGGAUGAAAGGGAAAAGGGUCCCCCAACCUCAUUUUACAUGGGAAGAGCCAUGGGUACAGGGACUGGUCUUGGUAUGUCAGGUUUUACAUCAUCACAAGCGACCAGUGGAGAUGACUUCUUCUCAAGCUUUGCUAGCCAAUCUCAGUAUGGUAGCUUCAGGAAAUAAUUCGUCCAUUCUUUCCCUUUUCUCGUUUGAUUUCUCAUUUUUUUGUCUUGAGAGUAUUCACCAAAAGUAUGUUGUCUCAAGAGAAACGGUUUGGGGUUUCUUCUGUGUGGACACCGAACAGCAUUUCUGGUAUGAUAUUGUAAGUAUUAAGAGUCGA